UGUUAUCAUCCUUCUGUAUGCAUGCCGGGUGUUUUCAACUGUAAAUGUUUGUUUGGCUUGAAAGCUGGCACUUCUCAACAGACUACCUUCGAAGGUUUAAAAAUUCUUGAAACCUGCUUUCAGUGGGCAUUAAAGUCCUGUUAGUGGAAGUGUUCCCAGGCUUAUCACUGGCAGCGUCAUUAUGGUAGACUUAGACUGAAUAACACUGCACAUUUUCCACAAUCAUAAAAUGCCAUUGCCAUCUAGUACUCAUCUAAAUCUGGCAGCAGUAUGUAGAGAGGGCCAGUUGAAAGAGGCGCUGCACAUUCUGCUUACUACAGACAAACCCCCUGAAGACUAUUAUAAAUACCUUCAAUUAUUGCAGGCCUGUAUCCUCAAGAAUGCCCUUUCACAAGGGAAAAAGAUUCACUCUUUCAUCGCUCACAGGCGAUUUAUCUUUGCUACAUGCACAGCUUUUUAUAAUAAGCUUAUUUACAUGUAUGUCAAGUGCGGAAGUUUGGUGGAUGCCCGUAAAGUCUUCGAUCACAUGAAAGAACGAAACGUCAUAUCAUGGAACACGAUUAUUGCAGCGUACAGAAGACAUGGGCUUGCUCAGGAGGCAGUCACACUGUUUCACCAUAUGCAACAAACAAGUCUCAAACCCGAUAAGUUCACAUUUUCUAGCGUACUCCCAGCCUGUACCAAAAUGGGAGCCUUGGAACAGGGUGUAAACAUUCAUGAAAGCAUAAAGGAUAGAGAAAUUUUGUCAGAUGUUAUAGUUGCAAGUGCUCUGGUAGACAUGUAUGCAAAAUGUGGAAGCGUAGCCAAGGCACGUGAACUGUUUGACGAAAUGCCUCAAAGAAACGUGUUCUCGUGGACUGCAAUGGUUGCAGGAUAUGCACGGAAUGGAUUUGUUGAAAAGGCUUUAGAAACUUUCAAGCAAAUGCAAAUGGCAGGUGUAAAGCCAAAUUCCACAACCUUUGCGAGCAUCCUCCCUGCCUGUACCAAAAUGGGAGCUCUGGAACAGGGUAUGGAAAUCCAUCGAAGCAUAAAAGAAGCUGGAUUUUUGUCAGAUGUUAUAGUUGCAACUGCCCUGGUAGACUUGUAUUCAAAAUGUGGAAGCAUAGACAAGGCGCGUGCACUGUUUGACACGAUGCCUCAACGAGAUGUCAUCUCAUGCAAUGCCAUGAUCGCAGGGUAUGCACAAAAUGGAUCUGUUGAUAAGGCUUUAGAAACUUUCAAGCACAUGCAAUUGGCAGGUAUAAAACCAAAUUCGACAACCUUUGCGAGCAUCCUCACAACCUGUGCCAAAGUGGGAGCUUUGGAACAGGGUAUAGACAUCCAUCAAAGCAUAAAGGAUAGAGAAAUUUUGUCAGAUGUUGUAGUUGCUACUGCCCUGGUGGACGUGUAUGCCAAAUGUGGAAGCAUAGACAAGGCACGUGAAUUGUUUGACAGAAUGCCUCAAAGGGAUGUGGUCUCAUGGACUGCUAUGAUAUCAGGAUACGCACAAAAUGGAUUUGUUGAAAAGGCUUUAGAAACUUUCAAGCAAAUGCAAGUAGCAGGUGUAAAGCCAGACCCGACAACCUUUGCCAGCAUCCUCCCUGCCUGUGCCAAAAUGGGAGCUUUAGAACAGGGUAUGAACAUCCAUCAAAGCAUAAAUGAAGGGGGAUUUAUGUCAGAUGUUAUAGCUGCGACUGCCAUAGUAGACAUGUAUGCAAAAUUUGGAAGCAUAGAUAAGGCACGUGAACUGUUUGACAGAAUGCCUAAAAGAGAUGUCAUCGCAUGGAAUACCAUGAUUGCAGGAUAUGCGCAAAAUGGAUUCGUUGAUAAGGCUUUAGAAACUUUCAAGCACAUGCAGUUGACAGGUGUAAAGCCAAAUUCCACAACCUUUGCCAGCGUCCUCCCUGCCUGUGCCAAAAUGGGAGCUUUGAAACAGGGUAUGAAUAUCCAUCAAAGCAUAAUCGAAGGGGGAUUUGUGUCAAAUAUUAUAGUUGGGAAUGCUUUGGUAGAUAUGUAUGCAAAAUGUGAAAAUAUAGACAAGGCAUGUGAACUGUUUCUCAGAAUGCCUCAAAGAGAUGACAUCUCGUGGAAUGCAAUGAUUACAGGAUAUGCACAAAAUGGAUUUGUUAAAGAGGCUUUAGAAACUUUCAAGCAAAUGCAGUUGGCGGGUGUAAAGCCAGAUUCAACAACCUUUGCCAGCAUCCUCUCUGCCUGUGCCAAAAUGGGAGCUUUGGAACAGGGUAUGGACAUCCAUCAAAGCAUUAAGGAAGGGGGAUUUUUGUCAGAUGUUAUAGUUGCAACUGCCCUGGUAGACAUGUAUGCAAAAUGCAGAAGCAUAGACAAGGCACUUGAACUGUUUGAAAGAAUGCCUCAAAGAAAUGUGGUCUCAUGGAAUGCCAUGAUUGCAGGAUACACACAAAAUGGAUUCGUUGAAAAGGCCUUAGAAACUUUCAAGCAAAUGCCAUUGUCAGGUGUAAAGCCAAAUUCCACAUCCUUUGCCAGCAUCCUUCCUGCCUGUGCCAAAAUGGGAGCUUUGUCACAGGGCAUGGGUAUUCAUCACAGCAUAAUGGAAGGGGGUUUUUUGUCAGAUGUUACAGUUGGAAAUGCUCUGGUGGACAUGUAUGCAAAAUGUGGAAGUAUAGACAAGGCACGAGUACUGUUUGAUAGAGUGCCUCAAAGAAAUGUGGUUUCAUGGAAUGCAAUGAUUACAGGAUAUGCACAAAAUGGAUUUUGCAAGGAUGCUCUCAACAUCUUUGAAUUAAUGAAACACUCUGGAACUUACCCUGACAUUGUAAGCUUUGCUUGUAUUCUAUGGGCAUGCAGCCAUGCAGGUUUAGUGGAUGAGGGUUGCACAUACUUCAAUCACAUGAGUAACUCCUAUUGCAUUACACCGACAGCUGAUCAUUACAUAUGCAUGGUUGACCUCCUUGCUCGUGCUGGCUAUCUUGAGGACACCCUGAACUUUAUCAUUAAGAUGCCACUUAAACCCGUGGUUCUUGUGUGGAUGUGUUUUCUUGGUGCCUGUAGAUCACAUAUGAAUAUAGGAUUAGGAGUAUUUACAGCCAUGCUACUUUUUGAUUUGGAUCCUAAAAACUCUGCAACUUAUGUUAUUCUCUCAAACAUCUAUGCAGAAGUGGGCAGGUGGGGUGAGUUUCAAAUGGUAAGAAGCUUGAUGAAAGAUAGAGGAAUUAAAAAGACACCUGGAUGUAGUUGGAUUGAAAGCUAUAAAAUGGUACAUGCUUUUUGUGCAGGAGAUAGAUCACAUCCUCAGACAGGGGAGAUCUAUGCAACGUUGGAGAAAUUGGCUUGCGAGAUGAAGGCAGCAGGUUAUAUUCCAGAUUCAAGACAGUUACUUAGUGAUGUGGAAGAUGAGGAAAAAAAACUAUUUCUUUUCCACCAUAGUGAAAAGUUGGCAAUUGCAUUUGGCUUAUUAAACUCACCCUCUGGGACAACUAUUAGAGUUUUUAAGAACCUUCGAGUAUGUGCUGAUUGCCACACUGCAACAAAAUUUAUUUCCAAGACUGUUGCAAGAGAAAUUGUCGUAAGAGAUGCGAACCGUUUCCAUCAUUUUAAACAGGGACAAUGUUCUUGUGGAGAUUAUUGGUGAUGCUAAUUGAAGCAAUCUGAAAAAUAGGUUUGCAUACCAUGUCAGACCUGCAGUAAUAAUGAAGGGACAAAGUUUUAUUUUCAGUUUCUAGAGUUUUUUGGUUUAGAGUAUUUGACAAUCUAGACCAUGCUGUUGCCUUCAUAAUAUUAGAUGCAUAGACUGCAAUGCAGAUUGCUACCUAUAUACACUGUCCGGGUAUCUGUCGAAGACUUGUUUUAUGAUAACAUGGACAUUCCAUUGAAUUGUUUUCACAAAACCUGCACGUGUAUGAAAUGAAAAGAUUGAGGAGGAGCUGGAAAAUGGGAGAAAACAAAAGGUGAGGAACACAUCAAGUAAAUAGAAAGAUGCUUGACCAGCAGGAAAUGGGAGAGGAAGGCUUACGAUUACCCUUCGCCAUUUUGUAUAGUUCUUUUAAUUGGAUUAAUUUUAGUGUCUUUUGCCUAUGUCAGGAGGACCAUCUGAGAUUAAUUUACACAUUCUACGGUAGGUGUAUAAUUGUAUAUAACUACAUGUAGAUUUUUGUCUCAUUUAUUAAAUGAUAGGCCAUAUACUUCGGCAGCUUCCAGCCAGCACAUUAUCUCAUACUAGGAAACUGCAAAACCUCACCACAAAACAGGUUUGAGGUACUGAUAAACAGUAUCAUCUAUGCACUGUUGAGCUCCUUUCGUUAAUGGUGUAAGAAAGUCCUUACCGUGGAAUAAAUUUUGUGAGCAAUCAAAGGUAAAGCUGAUCGACACAUUUAAAGAUUAAAUCAAAUGUUGUUGGAGUAAAUGGAUGCUAUCAAUCUUGGUAGAUCUCGCCAUUGCUGGCAGUCAUACUUUGUAGCUAGCAAUGCUGGGUGACAUAUGUUGUAUGAGAUGGUGUAAAUCAGGCAUUUCUAUGCAUUUAUGCAUUCUGCCUCAGAUAACCGCCAAAGUUAUGUAUAAAUACAUUAGAAUUAUAUAUGAUUCUUUGAUGGCCAACGAUCUGAAAAACACCAGUGGCUUGAAGAGCAACAUCAAUACAUUUGAGGAUUCCAUAAUGUUUUUCCUGCAAACUCUACCCUUUUUUCGAAUGGGCAUCAUUGACAGCACGACACAAUUUGUAAAGAAUCUUGAGGUAAGUCACUAGCCAUGGUUUCAGUGAUUUUGAAAUCUAUAUGCAGCCAGAUCAUUUUAAUUGUUGUGUUUUAUUUCAUUCUAAACAAUUUUGUUUCUGUCUGUUAAAUGAGCAUUGGACCUGUUGUUUUAUCUAUGGCUGUUUUCUGUUGGUACAGGUAAGUUGAUUUGAUUUACUUUUUCAGUGAGAAGUAUGUAUCCUUGAGUAGCUUGUAGAUUGGGUUUAGAAAGGGGAAUUAAAGUGGGAUUUUUAAUUUUUUCUUGAAAGAAUGAUUGAUGCAUGCUAGUUUACUUUUUUGCCUUUCUGAUAUCAGCAUCCAGAGACCUGCUUUUGUAAAUUUUUUGAUUUGCUGUUUAACGCAUUUUUUGAUCUUCCCUUAUUAGGAUCUUAUUUUAAUAGAUUAUAGAGAUAUAAAGGAUCCAAUUCCUCGAUGAUUUUCAAGCUACAAAGGUUAGCUUUUGUUUUUGGUUGGUAAAUUUCUCGUUGAUUUGGACCAGUAUUUUGACCAAAUUUUGAUCCCCGAUAAGUGUAUUUGAUCUCAUGGCUCUGCUCCUUACCCGUGCUGCAUAUCAUCCCAUACAACCUGUUGCAUUUUAAAACUGCAAAUGAUAGAAUUAUAAAAAGUGGAAUAGUGGUUGCUUAGGAAGAGUAAUCUAAGCCUUCUGAGAGCUUGCAGAAACAGUAGAUAAGUUAAUUUGUUUUUUCUGUUUGCAAUUUACCUUUUUUAAUUAUUUUGUUAACAAUUUCUCCCUCUUCAAAAUUCAAAAUCAUUUUAAACACUUCUUGCUACGUUUUUACCAUUUGUUAUUUUAAUCUUAAAAUCUCUUUCCAGAAUUUUACUUUCUUUGCUUAAAUCGCUCUUUAGGGCCCUAACAUUUUUAUUAUGACGUCAGAUUUCUUUUCCAUCAACAGUUUCCAUAGUGGAUAGAGCAAUUUAUCUUCUGUAAUUGCCUUGUUAACAAUUUCUUCCUCUUCAAAAUUCACAAUUGAAUUUUAAACACUUCCUGCUACGUUUUUACCAUUUGUUAUGUCAAUCUUUAAAUUUCUCCCCGAAAUUUUACAUUUUUUGCUUAAAUCUUAGCAUAAUCCCUCGAUAUAAACUGCAAUAAAGAUAUCACCAUUACUAAGAGACCAAAUUACAUCAAAGGACCAAAAACAAAACAUCCCACUUCAAAGCUACAGGCCUGUAACAGAGAGGCCAUUUGGCCUAAAUGGUGGUUAACAAACUUAGAAUUCUAGUAGAAUUCAGAAGCUCAUGAACAUACAACCAUCCCCAUAACUUCUUAACAUACUCAAGAUCCUUAAAAUUCUUAUGUCCAAUUCAUUGGUGGAGGGUAAAACUAAACUCAGCGACAUUUUUUUUCACCUGGUCUAUGCCUGAAAAGGAACCGAUGAUGAGAACCACAUCUCUCUUGACAUUGAUUGGAUUUCUAAACAAUAUUAGAUUGACGAAGCAUAGCAAUUUGCAUAAAGAUAUGGUAGAAGGAAGCUUGAGCAGUAGGAGAACUAACAAAGCAACAUCCCAAAGCAUUGCAUUGAAACUCUAAUUCUUCGUAUAGGAUAAAGGCAAAGCAAGGAAUUGAAAGUUUGAAACUUAUCUACUGAAUCAAAUCUCUCAGCUGCAUUAAUAUCAAAUCAUCACCGUGGAAUAGGACACUGUAUGCAGUUCAAGCUCUCUGUCAUGCACUCUAAACAACUUUUAAUGAAUCUGCACCUUACAUGUUUGCAUUUCGUCCCUCGAACGAAUCUCACCUUACAUAUUUAUUACUUACAAUUGUAUUUGAUCCUAAAGAUUAUCGUUAGGAUAGAUUGUAAGAAAGCUUUGGUAUAAAUUUUACUAUUAGUAUAGUGUACAAAGCUCCUAAAGAUGUCAUUGCAUGCUCCUGUUUCUUGAAAAAACUAGUAAAUUUAGGCAGCUCACCGAAGACAUCGUCAUAGACGGAGGAUUUGGGCUAUUUUGUUUUGCUGCAAGUGCAACAAAGGCGUGAAUUUUCCCCACCAGAUACAGGUAAAUAAUAUUUCACCUUCAAUAGAGAGAAAAUUCUGGUUUUAAAUUUCCAAACACUUUUUCUCUUCACUAUUUAUGUCUUACUUUCACAAAUAAUUAAUUCCUUCGAAAUUCAAGAUGCAGGGCGACUUCGCAUUCACAUAUAUUGAAUUCAGAAGGUUGUUUGACUACAUCUAAGGAAAGAAUGAGGAGCAUGCCAAGCUUUCAACGAUAACACUUGUUGACAUAGAUAUCUUGCCUUCUAUGAGUCUUCAUUUAUUGUCAACUUCUAUAUGCUCAUUAGUUUCAAAAAUUGCUCCCCAAAGGUAAAGAAAGCCUCGGCAUUGGAGGAAUCAAGGUGGGGUGUCCAAUACACGAGUGUUAAGGUUCAAAGGAUUUGUGAGCAAUUAUUACAUUGGACAGAGGCAGCCAAGUAACAGGGGAGCUUCAUGGGCAUCCCCUAGGAACCGACCAUCUAUCUCUCAAUAUAAAGUUGACAAGCCCGUCAUCUACAUUGUUGUGCAAUAUAGCUUUACCUUCAAUUUCAAAAUUUUAUAUUGUGAAGACUUCGUUAAUUGCCAAUAGAAACAUAUAUACUCUCUUGAAAUUU